AACCUAUCGUAUUUAUGGAAUGCUCUAGCUGAAAACGCCAGUUUGCGCAUUCCUGAGGAUGUCAGAAUCGCAGAGAUUUCCUUACUGAAGUGAAGCUCGGUUAGUUGGAAGGCGGUGUAAAGCUAAGCCAUCUUUGCAACACAGCGUUGUAACCGCCAUGUUGCCUCGAAACGGAGCAACUGUCCGACGGUGGCAGCACCACCCGCUUGCACUCUAUCUCUCCUUGGCAGUCAAUGCCUAUGUGCUUAUAUACGUGAUGUUUCAUCAAAGGACAGUCGAAAAAACCAGCACUGCACCCGCUGAUCAUCUAUUAAUUACCGAUUAUAAACGGGCUCAGCUAGCCGCAAGCCAGCCGCUCUUUGGAAAUGCUUGGCCUUCCUUGACGGGCGGCUUGCCUGAGGUCUGGGCCUUGGGAACGCUGGGCGCCAACGAAAGCUUUGCGUCUGACGUUGAGGCCAACCUGUCGCCUGCUGAACGGGAAGAGCUUCAGGCGCUGUGUGGCCGCUGCCUUCACCAGACCAUUACCAAAAGCGUGGAAGUCCGGGGCAUCGGCGAGAGCGUCUUUGUGGCGACCGGAGACAUCCCGGACGAGUGGCUGCGUGACGGCUCCGUGCAGCUAUCCGUGUACCUGCCCCGACUGGCCGAGCACCCCGUGCUGAGACCCAUCAUCGAGGGAGCCAUCCGCACGCAGGCGUACUACAUCCUGUCCGACCCCUGGGCUAACUCUUACCGCAAGGACUGGGUGCGCCCCGACUCGCUGGGCAAGUUUGAGCGGCAGAUCGGUCGGGGGGGGUGGAUAGCCACUCGGAACUUUGAGGUGGACAGCGGCGCCUACUGGCUGAACCUGCUGUGGAACUACGCCUCCACCGAGGGGUCCUUGUGGGCCGCCGCCUCCUUCCUGAACUCCUCCCUCGUCCACGACGCCGCCGCGCUGCUGGUGGACACCUGGCGGCUCGAGCAGCGCCACGAGGAGGCCAGUCCGUACAGAUACGCGGAGCUACCCAGGGAGGGGAAGGGCGCGCUGUCCAACUACACGGGUAUGAUCUGGUCGGGCUUCCGCCCAUCAGAUGACCCCAACACGUACGGCUUCAACAUUCCGGUAAAUAUGUACGCCGCGGGUUCCCUGGAGCGCCUGGUGGAGCUCAAUAAGCUCGUGUGGAGGGACCCGAUGCUGGGGAUUGCGGCGGCCAAACUCGCGGAGGAUAUCCGGCAGGGCAUUGAGAAGUUUGGCGUGGUACCUUUACCCGCUGAAAAAUCCGGCUCCUCCUCAUCCCCCUCCACCAUUUACGCCUACGAAGUGGACGGUCUGGGGAAGGCGUUAGCCUCCUUCGACGACCCCAACAUCCCCUCCCUGCUGUCGGUGCCGCUGCUGGGCUACCGCCACUACGACCCGGAGGUGUACGGCCGAACACGGCAGCGCAUCCUCAGCCCGGCGAACAGCCACUACUACGCCGGCAAGGAGCUCCGAGGUUGCGGCUCCCCGCACACCCCGCACCGCUACGUGUGGAGUCUGGCGCACUGCGUGCAGGGGCUCACCAGUGAGGAACCCGGGGAGCGAGCCGACCUGUUUAGGCAGCUUCUCAAGAUGCAGGGCGGCAACGGUCUGAUGCACGAAAGCAACGACGUGGACCACCCGGGGCAGCUCACCCGGCCCCUGUUCCAGUGGGCCAACACGAUGCUGGUGGUCUACUACGAACAGACGUUUGGUCGCAGCUGCAGUCCGUACGCCGAGGCGCUGAGGCUGCAGGGCGUGGCGCAGCGUGAGGCACGUGAGAAUCUAUUGCCACGCAACGGCGGCCCCGACCUGCCCGCCUACUAUGACCGGUUGGAGCAGAGCAUCCCGCACGUGUAG